GGCAACAGUCGUCUCUCGACCGUCGUUCAAGUGUGUAUGAACGUCGGUCGACAUCUCUACCGCCGAGACGAGAGGAACGAGAAAAACGCGAAACAAGAAAAGAAGCCGGGACAAGUUCGCUUUCGUUCGUGGAUCCGCAUGAGUCUCGCACGCUGACCGCAAUCAGGCAGGUUCUGCUCUUCGCCGGUGCAUCCUUGCUGCGGAAGCGGUCUGCUCCAUUAUUCGGAGUACACGUACAGAAUGUGCUCCGAAAAGAUUGGCGAACACUUCGGGGAUCCCUGAUUCGCGAUUUUACGUGCGAUUUAUGCAUCUUUUUUCUAAUCAAAUGCAUAGAUUAAUAAGGCUAAAUCACUGAUAAAUACGCGCGUUUAGUUUUUAUAUACGUAUUAGACAUUACGUUUUUUUAUAUUAUAUACAGUCGUGGAGACAAGGUGACCAUUUGCUUCAAACCUUGUUACAGUUUCUCGGCUCUGUAAAAGAUGAAGAUCGAUCAGCUCGGACUUCUUCUUUGGAAGAAUUAUAUCGUUCGGAAACGACAAUCAGGAAUCUUAGCCUUGAUAUUUCUCUGGCCAGUAGUGGUUUUUAUGAUUCUUUACACAGUGCGUGAUAAUGUCGAUCCGGAAUAUUACUCGACAUGUCAAUUUCCCGCAAGGUCGAUGCCGCAGGACGGGCUUCUACCUUUUGUGCAGAGUUACAUAUGUAGCGUUGGAAGUCCCUGCGAUCCGUUAUCGGAAUACGAGCAAGUGCCAUCGUACAAAAAUUCCACUUUAAGUCCUUUAAUCGUGGAACUACAACCGAUGCUCAAUAAUAAGACUAUUAUCUCCGCCGUGGAAACGUUGCCGCAGAGUAUUAAAUUGUUGAAGUCGAUGGCAGAGAUCCUCACCAAGCCGGAAAUCAAGGCGCUUUUCGAUAGAGGAAUCCGUUUGGGUGACUUGUUUAAAAAUCACGAAGAAAUUAAAAAUUUAUUAAAAUCUCAAAUGCCGAGAGCAAGAGAGGGUUUGGUUGAUGAUUUAUUCGAAUCAUCCGUAAAAUUAAUAUACUUGAUCAAAACUUUUGGUUCGUCCGACAUCAAUGGCGUCGUUUGCUCCCCGACAAAUCUGAAGAAAUAUUUGAUUCUACCUAAAGAGGAGGACUUUGCAGAGAUUUCGAACGUUCUCUGCAACAUCGACUCGACAGCAAUCCCCGACAUUUUAGAGACUCUUUCGAAGCAUCUGGACUUUACCGGCUUACUGGAGAUGGUCGAUCGCGCAAUGGCAAAAUUUCGCGAUUACAACUUUUUCCAGGAUUUGAAACGAGCGGUAGAAACCAUCCUCGAUCUAAAGACUUCCCAGAAAUACAUACCCGAGUACUUGAAGGUUCGUGAAUGGCUGCCGAAAAUAAUCUUGGUCUUCCAAAACGUUACUUUCAAGGAAAUCGAUCUGGACUUCAUCAAUAAAGCCAUCGUAGUUUUGGAUCCUGUAUUUGCAUACGAACAUGAUUGGCCGCUCGCUCGAAGUGGAUUUCUCAAAUUAAACAGACUUCUAAAGAUGGUGAAAGAAGUUGUGAAGUACCACAAGCUCAAUUCUACCGAAGAUGAUGAUUUCUUCAGCGUGAUGGACCGUUUGGGAGGAGCAAUAUCGACUUUCUCCAAUUCAGAUGAUUACAAUAUUACGCAGAUAUUGGAUUUGUCUUUCUUGAUCUUGCAGGAUGGUUUAAAGCUUACUAAUAAACUUAUCGAUCGUCACAAAAAUGACUUUGAAUUAGCUGCUAACACUUUCGAUGGGCUUAAAAAUUUCUUUUCCGAAAAUAUAGUGAAUUCAGUGACAUAUCUUGUGUCAUUGAUAGAUAAUAUCGUGCAAAUGUCUCAUCACGUCGCAAUUCUUCAUGAAGAUAUCUUGAGAAGAUUAUACGAGAUUUCUAAAAAACAUCAGAAUUUAGUCCAAAAGAUGCUGAUAAAUUUGCAGCCUGUUGUAUACAAAAGAAUUAUUCAUUCCUUUUCGCGAUUAGAUUUUGUAGAGCGUCUACUGGAAGAUUUAAAAAAAGCUAAAUUUGAAGAAGCAUUUUGUCGAAAAGAAACAAUGAACGAGAUAUUCGAUAAUUACAUUGAAUUUGAGGACAAAUCGAACGAAAUUGAUGAAUUAUUCUGCAGCGAUGACGGAAAAAAAUUAAUUACCGAUGUCUAUAAUAGUUUCGAAUUUCACAAAUUUGCAACUAUUGUGACCAAAACUUUAUCGACCAUGGUUACUAUGGCAUUCAAACGACCUGUCAAAAUCGAAAGUUCAAACUUAACAUCCGUUGUAAGGGACGUAAGAGGAUUCGUAACUUAUCUAAACACACGGAAAGUAACAUAUUUGAAUUGGACUAUUUUUCAAACCACUGACGAAUGGUCGAAAAUUUUCAAAGAGACGCAACUUCAAGGAAAAUUGGAUAUUCUGGGAAUUCAUUUAAGCAUAGCAAAACUGCUGGGUUCCACUAGUCUAUCCUAUAUGACAAUCAGGCCGGAUCUGGAAAAUAUGGACUUUUUAGCCGAGAUGGUUCUGCAAGAUCUACGAACUAAUCCUACCAGCUGGAUAGAGGAAGUACGUCAUCGUCAAUCUGAGUUGAUCGAAUCGUUUUAUCUCACCGUCACGGAUAGAAAAAAGACAUUACAGAUCUUGGAAUAUUCGAAUUUUACGAGAACGUAUUGCAUGAAUCCGAAUCCGCCGGCUCUGUUAAAUUUUCCUAAGGAAUCGAACAGCACAAUUCUGAAGGAGCUGGUGUGCGAUCUAUCCAAAUUGGUGCAAACGAAUCUGGAACUAAACGUGACCAACGUCGAAUACGAGGAAACCACGCGCAGGCAGAAGGAAUUUAAUUGGACUGGCUUCAACGAGAAAACAAUUGAGAUUUAUCAAUAUAUCGAUACCUUGGUUCAGCAGGAGGGUCAGCGUUAUGAUUUAAAGAAAUUGGAGAAAUUGAAGCAGAACUUUAUAACUUCGUGGACAAAAGAUAUAACGGCGAAAGACGCAUGGGAGAUCAGCGUAGGUUCAAUCUGCAAGCUCUUUAACGUAAUGGAGAGCCCACUUUUUGGAAUUCAAACCAGAGAAAAUUGGAAGAUGAUUUACGGACUCGCGUGGGCGACCUCGGUGAUUUUCGACAACAUCGAGAAAAUCGUCGACCAGAUCCAGAAGAAUGAUCACAUAAUGAAGAUUUCCGAUAUUUUGGAGGAAAUGCCGCAGACCGAGAUGCUUGUCGGUUCGUUCUUGAGAAAUUUAUCCCCGAUCAUCCUUGAUAUAGUUGAUAUGAUAACUUUGAGGCCAAUUUCUCUAAUAUCGGUUCUUGAUGAUUAUAAAGAACGUGAAACAAUGUGGCCUUGCGUCAUAACCAAUAGCGUUGGUGUUGCCUUGGAGUUAAGAAAUGGAAGUCGAGAAGUUGUACGACAGAUUGAAAAGAUCGGUUGCAGUCCGAGUCUCUUUAUUAAAGAGUGGAGAGAACAACCGGUAUUAAUGAAGGUCCGAAAAAUUCUCGAGCAUGAUGAAAAUGCAGAUUUACCAGCAUUCAAUUGGACUCGAGGCUAUAGAAAAUUUCGACAAUUGAUUACAAAACUUGAUAAUUUAAUAAACGAUGCUAAAGAAGUUGUUUUGGCGGAAGAACCGCAAUUGAGCAAGUACUUAACGACACUUGCGGAGGAAGCAGAUGAUAUAAUCGAAGAAAGAAUGCCAAGCAUGCAUAAUGAUUGGAGAAAUACCUUGGAUCAUGUCGAUUUAGAGAUCGACAAAGCAAUCAAAGCUUUUGGCAGUGAGCAUUCUGCAAGUGAAAUUUGGAAACCAUCAGUUGAUCCCAGUGAUCGCAUUCUUAUUCUUUUAAAAUACGUUUCCAAUAUCAUUCAUAAAGGCUCACGUAUCAUAACAAACAUAUUGAAUCGUGGCGUAGGAAAAAUCAGUUUAUUAGCCUUGCUAGGAUUUGAUAAUAAAUCUCCUAUCAGCAUUUUUCACGAUCAGCUACCUUAUAUUCUGUCGAUGUUGGUAAAUGGAAUAUCCGAUCCUGUAAUCGACGAUCAAAUCGUCACGACGCUGAAAAAUAACACUGCAAUCACAUGUUCGAUGAUGUUCGAUUGGUUGUCCGACGUUAGAAUCGGUCUGACCGCCGAGGAUUACAGAGUCCUGAAAAAUUUCACUUGCGAUUUUGAUCCUGAAAAUUUCAACGUCUACACGGAUCUUUAUAUGGCGGAAACGACGAUCUGGCAGAAACCCGUUAACAAGUAUCGAUCUUACGUAGCUUCGAUGAUCGGCGAUUUGUAUGAUCUUACGAGAAGCAUCAGUCUCACAAUGAAAAACAAAGUAGUCAUCGAGCCACCCUUCUCUAAGAGAUACUUGGAUCAUAUGUUGCAGACAUUGAGAGAGACACUAGAGAUUAAGCGCGAAGAGAGCACUUUUCACAAGGAAUUGAAAUUGGAUGAAGAAUGGUCGAAUUAUAGAUUACUGAUAGAGGGAAUGUCGGAGGUUUUGAUGCACAUUGGCGACGCUUUGAAGAAAGCCGAGAUACAUAACUAUAAUUUAGAAAUUUGGAAACUGGCGGAGAACGGCGAUACGCGUCAACUGCUAAAGAUUCUGGAAGAGAAUCCCGAAGAGACUAUCGCUUUAAUUGCUACUCUUAGCACGCUCAAUUAUACGACCGGUAAAUUCAUGCCCUUCAAAGAUAUCAGAAGGACCAUGUGUACUCUCCAUUUUAAUUCUAAUUACUGGUCCACGCCAAACAGAACGCAUUUUCUACAAAGAGUGUGCUCGUUCGAUCCCUAUCAGCUGUUGAAGACCGCCACGAGCGACGAAUAUCACGAUGUUGUUACUGGUCGAAAAACUACUUUUUCAACAUCAACGCCAUUAGCCAUGUCAUUAAUAAAAUUAUUGGACGACGUCUCGAAUUUUACCGCCGCGCUGCCAGGAGUGAGUCUCAAGUCGAACAUCUUCAACGCGACGACGUGGAAGAAUCUUUCCAAUGAAACCUGGGCCUUGAUACUUAAAUCCGAGAAAUCCUGGAUCCACAAUAAUCAAAAUUCUUCAUUGUACAGAUUUCGCGUGAACUCGAGCUUCUUUGUCGACUCUAGCAGAUUAUUUCAACUUCUGGAAUCCGUGAUCGAUCUUACGUCAGGCGGCGAUACCUGGCAGAAACUUCGCGUCAUGCACGAGACGUCGAAGUUUAAGCCUCUGUUAACUCUCGUGGAGGACACGCCUAAUCUCCUAAUCACUGCCGUCGACACCUUCGUCUCGUCCGAGAGGCUAGACGAUUUCAUACACAAGCUUAUCCUAGGCCAAGUGCACCCUUGCAACGUUGAUCGAUACUUGAUCCCGCCUAAUUAUAUGAGGAAGAAGGGUUUACUUUCCAGCAUUUCGAAUUUUUGUCAGAAGAUCUUGAUGAGUGACAGUCAUCUGAUAUGGACAGAUCUAUUGCCUUAUGAAGGAAAAUACAAUAAUAGCCUUACAUCCGAUAUGUCUGAAGCGGCAGAUGAAAUGCAAUUGAUGCAAAGGGUACGUGGAUUGCAAACUACUUUAGUUCGCGUUUUAUUUGAAGGCUUCAAGCAAUUAAAAAUUCCUAUUUGGUGGACCUCGUUCGAGGAAGGCACUUUAAAAGACUUUAACGCGGAUUAUAAGAAAAAGGACACAAGGACUCUAGCAGAUUUGAUGCUGAAGAAAUCAGUGAAGCUUUUGAGAAGUUAUUUAGAAACUCAAACUGAUGUCAACAAUUGUACGUGGUGUUUCACACUUCCAUUAGAGAUCUUAAAUUCCCAGCUGAUACAUCAUACUCUCUAUUCAAAUCUAUUUUGUCAAAUGAAUCGAUUAAAUAUAUCGGAGAUUCACAAAAUGUUAAUCAAUGAUUUUAACUGGAAUAAAACGAGCAAUAUGAUCAAGGAUUAUAAACUGCUGAAUAAGAAAAAGACACUAAACGAAUUUAUAACCGUGUUUGAAACUACUUUACAUUACGUCGCCGAUAUUAUAAUCGAAUUCCAAAAUGAGACAUACCAUGACAAGGUGACCAACUGUUUUUACAAAUUCGUCGGCGGUCGUACGUUUUCUCGACCAGGAUUGUACAUCACGUUCUUUUUGAGCGUACUCGACAUGUUGCGAGAGAACGUUUUCAUUCUCGACUCGGCGAGCAUCCAUGAGAAUAUUAAUAAUUUAACCAGAAUGUCCGAGAAAUACGUACCAAUCUGGCGACCGUUGCGAGACGUGGUGAAAAAAUCCGAGCUCGCUGACAUCGACGCUGCUCUGCCGAAUGCCACUAUCAACGUGAACGCGAUACUGAAUGAUCGGAAUACAAGUUUGUGCCGGACAAAAAUCGACUGUCAGAACGCGACGAUUUUAUACAAUUUUCUCAGCUCAAAAAGAGCUGGCAAGGUUUUCCGAUACGAUCCGAGGGCGUCCAAAUAUCCGUCGGUGUCCGACAUUUCAAAUCUGUUGGCUCGCAGCCUUGACGUGAACCUCAUAAAUCGGCAACAGGCCUUCUGGCGUUCCCAAGCCUCCUGGGAUCUCACCUGGCUCAAGGAGAUCCUGGGUCAUCUGUCCUCGAUCCUCGGAGAAAGCGGGAAUCUGUUGGACGUCGCUAGUAAAAUAGAUUUCGAGGACGUCUCCAACGUACUCGGGAUCCCCGAUCUCGCCGAUGGCAUAGUCAAUAUAUUGAACGAUAAAACGGUCGACAAACUCUUUGACGGAUUGAAAGACCUCCUCGAAGAUGUAAGGCCGUUUAUAAAUGACCACGAAGUAAUCGAUGAUUUACAUAGCAUGAUCACGGCAUUGGAGUCAAUGGAGAUUUUCAAAAAUUUAGGACUGCUCAAUAUGAAAUAUGUUAUCAGAGAAAUGUUCGACAAUUGGGACUUUGUGAGAGCAUUUUUAAUCGACAAAAUUGGCAUAAGUAACGAAAUCGCGCUUACUUUAAGUCAGGCUAAGAUAGACAUGAUCGCGGUUUUCAUGCAAGAACGCGGUGUUAUUAGUAUGAAAGAUACUAUUUGUUCGCCCGAGAAACUUGGCGAUAUGUUGUUCUUCAAUAAUACUCUCACAACUGCUGAUGAAGUUAGCUCCGUACUUUGCCAAUUGGAGGAUUCGCAGACGCAAAAUAUUGUUAUCACAUUGAUGAAGAAUAUAAAUUUCGAAUAUAUUUUUAAAAAUUUAAUGAGCGCUAAUGUAAAAAAUAUAUUGGCUAACGCUAAUCUAACGGAAACCGAAGGAAAAGUUAUAUUGGAUAAUCUUGGCGUUGCAGCGGAACUAUUUCCAUUUUUCAGAGACAAGCUAUCGGGAAGCUUUUCCUUAGGAAAUGAUACAGAAGAAAGUAAUACGGAAGAGACGGGAGAAAAGCUAUCCAGUACGCAAUUCCUAAAGACUGGUAGCGAAAUGCUUUGUGGGAAAACAAUGCUUCAAGACAAUGGACAGAUUUAUAAAAUUAUCUCUAGUUUGGAAGACACCAAUAAGGCAUACGAUCAGAAGGAACUCGAGUCUCUGCCAACAAGUUUCUGCAAAGAAACAUACAAAACUGUGCUCAGUAUGCCUGUCGGAAAGAUUAUUUGGUCAUACGUUAAGCCUCUAUUACGCGGUCAGAUUCUUUAUGCGCCCAAUACUAUCGCGAUCUCCGAAGUUAUGACGUUGGCGAACGAAACUUUUGUGCAGAUGGGACAUCUCAGCGUCAUGGUGAAUAGUUUAGAGAAGACUCUAAAGUCUCUGGCCAGUCUCUCGGAGAUGGGCGAUACUUUGAAAGACUUACAGAGUAUAAUGUCCUCCGACGUCAUGAAGGUUGCUGUCAAAACGAUGGGUGGUGGCAAUUUUGAAGGUGAUUUUUCCGAGCUCGAUCUCAGCGAGAUUGCAUGGCGGCUGAAAAAAUCGAAGAAUUUGAUUUCGAUGAUCGAGGCGUUGAACGACAUGAUGGGAUGCGUGCUUGUAAACAGAACAAUAGGAUUUUCUUCGGAAGAGGAACUGGAAGUAGCAGCCAGACGCUUGACCGACACAAAUGAGUUUCUCGCCGGAGUAAUCUUUCUGGACACUACCUCAGGUCGUGCGAAGAAAUCUCUAGAUUACGAAUUACCAGACAAUAUCACCUAUAAGAUUCGUAUGGAUGUGGAUUAUGUGCCAUCCACCAAACGAUUGAAGACUCAAUUUUGGAUUCCUGGACCUGAAAGCAGCUUUCUCGAACAUCUCAGGUAUCUUCGUGGUUUCAUUCAACUUCAGGACUCGGUCGAUCGUGCGAUCGUGAAGGUAAAGGCUCGAAGGGAUCUCAAUUGGCAGACACUCAUACAACAAAUGCCAUAUCCGUGUUGGAAAUACAUACCAUUUCAAACAACGCUUUAUGAAUCUCAAGGUAUGCAAGUAUGCUUUUUCUUCGCAUUAAUGAUGUGCGUCGGAUCGGCCGUCAGGCAUAUUGUUUGGGAAAGAGAAUCACAAAAUGCCAUGGUAAUGAGCGUAAUGGGAUUAAAGCCAUGGCGAAAUACCCUGGCUUGGUUCAUAACGUCUAUUGUAGAACUGUCAAUUGUUAUGAUCUCCAUUAGUUUAAUUUUACUCGCUGGAAAAAUCCUUCCUAAAUCGGAUCCUUUCUUAAUACUUAUUAUACUUUUCGAUUACAUCUUUUCGAUUGCUACUUUUUGCUAUAUGAUCUCGACGAUAUUUAGUUCUGCUAGUCUUGCCGCAGUUACCACGGUUGUCAUGUUUCUAUUAACUUAUAUGCCGUAUGUCAUUGUCAUCGCUAUGGAAGCUGUAUUCGGACUUGGAUAUAAACUUUUAAUCUGCUUAAGCAUGUCCACCAGUUUCUGUUACGGAUGUCUGUACGCCGUACGAAAGGAAGUUCAAGGUGUCGGUCUUCAAUGGGCACACGUGUGGGAAGAAUCGAGUCCUGGUGAUCCAAUGUCUUUGGGAUUGGUGUUGUUAAUGAUCGCGUUCGACGGUUGUCUGUAUGCCGUAAUUGGCUAUCUAAUCACCAGAUACACAAAUUCAGGCAGGGGUUUUCACGGUUUGAGGUGCCGUAGCUUAUGGUGGUCCGGCACACCUUCUCUCUAUGGCAGACCGAGCUACCUCGCCUUCGUCAACAACCUCUAUUUCACUAACGACGUUCUCCAUCCUUCAGCCGCUUACCAAGAUGACGAGAGCGAUAUCAGCAGCUUGACGGUGACAGAGAAGCAAAUUGGCGUAAAAUUCGAGGGUGUCAGGAAAGUUUAUCAAACUGAGCAAGGCAACGUUGUGGCCGUGGAAGACUUUACUUUAAAGCUCUGCGAGGGUGAAGUGACAAGUUUACUUGGCAGAAAUGGCGCAGGAAAGACGACUAUUAUCAAGAUGCUCACAGGUAUGGUCGCUCCGACCAGCGGCGAGAUUCGUCUGAAUGGAGAAGAAAAUUGCAAGCCCGAUAUAGGAGUGUGUCCUCAAGAAAAUGUGCUCAUCGGAACUCUGACGCCGAGGGAGCAUAUGAUUUUUUACUGGAAACUUAAGAAAUCUGGCAAUAAUAAUGCUGACAUGCAGAAGCACGUUAACGAAAUGCUGGCUUCGUUGGAGCUCGGACGUCAAGAACACGAGCCCGUGUCACGUUUAUCGGGUGGUACACGACGUCGGCUCUGCGUAGCUCUCGCUUUCCUCGGUUCGCCACGAUUAGUGAUUCUGGACGAGCCCGGCGCCGGGGUGGAUCCCGCGGCUAGACGACGAAUCUGGCGAUUGAUCGACCAACACAGGAUCGGUAGGACCGUGCUCCUUUCGACCCAUCACUUGGACGAGGCCGACAUGCUGAGCGACACCGUGGUGGUGAUGCACAAAGGAAAGAUCCUGUGUACUGGUUCACCACUGUCUUUGAAAAUGACGCACGGCAGAGGAUACCGAUUAAACGUAUCCUUCCCGGCCGAGCAUUGUCCCAAUGGAGAGGCAGGAAUAGGAGGAAUAGGAGAGCCAAUCGGCAAAAAGGAUUUGAAGACUCUUCGCACGAUUGUCGAGGAGGUUGUUCCAAAUGUCACGAUGAAUGAAAUAUCCGAGUCGGAGGUCGUCGUCACGUUGCCUUUUCAAGGAACAAAUGGCAUGAACAACGACAUCGCGCAAGCGGCAAAGUCAUUGGAAGACAAUCGUAAGCUCUUGGGAUUCUCGCACUUCUCAUUGGAGUGCGACACUUUGGAAAGAGUCUUCUUGGAUCUUUGCACGAGAGCAGACAACAAAUCGAGUAUUGUCAAAGCAAAUGAAGAUAGUGUCGCCGUAAUAGAGCACGUUGAAAUUCCCAUGCCAAAUGAUGACAUCGAUUUAAGUUCUACGGAGAUGAUAAUAAAACCCUCGCCGAUACGACAAAUGAAGGCCAUGAUAAAAAAGAAGGUAUGGCAUUUCGCGAGAGACUGGAGAGCACCGUUGGCAGCGCUCAUUUUACCGACCAUGUUCGUCGCAGUCGCCAUGGGAUUUUCUCUAAUACGACCACCAUCCGAGGACGAACCACCUCUGGUUUUGACUCCCAAACUUUAUGACACUCAUCCGACUUACUUUUACAGUAUUGAUGACAGUAACGAUCCGUUUCUACAACAUGUAUCAAUGCAACUGCACGAUCGCUUCGGAGAUGAUUACGCGGGUGCAUGGCAAACUUUACCUAACGAUACCGGAACCUGCGAAUGUUUGGAUGGUCAACAAUCUUGUCGAGGUGUUUCUAAAGCUGUCGAAGGUCUCCUUCAGACCUUACCUGGUCGGCCUACUUUAGACUGGAUCGUUUCGACGCAUCAAGAGUAUAUAGAGAAACGAUACGGCGGUUGGUCUCUGUCACACUCUGUUAAAGAGGAUCCUCUUUUUGUCGUUUGGUACAAUAACAAGGGCCACCACUCGUUGCCAUCGUAUCUGAACGCCCUCAACGAGGCAAUCCUACGAGCAUCCGGGGUGCAAGGACACUUAACUACACUCAAUCAUCCCUUGAAGCUAUCAAGAGAUCAGCUGAACCGAACUACUUUGCUGCAACAUGUGGCGGAUGUCGGUGUGGCCGUAGUACUUUUAAUAGCGUUUAGUUUAGUUGGAGCUCAGGGAACAAAGGAGUUAGUGAGAGAAAGAUUAUCAGAAGAAAAGAGAAUAUUCUAUUUGGCUGGAGUUCAUCCUAUUACAUAUUGGACGACAGUUUUAAUUUGGGAUUUCAUAGUAUUUGGCUGUGCUAUUUGCUUGGCGGUAAUUGUUUUCGAAAUUUUCGGUUUAUCAGCCUACGUUGCAAAAGAUAAUCUCGGCGGUAUCGUUCUUUUAUUAUUUUUAUUUGCAUGGGCGGCAAUACCAUUUUCGCAUUUAGCAGAGAAAGCUUUCGACGACUCGAGUCUGUCCAACAUGGUGCUCUUCUGCGUAAAUACUUUCAUGGGCGUGAUUUGCCUAGCGACAGUUUUGGUGUUCGAUAUUGUCGGUAAAACUAAAGCAGCCGAAGACGUGAGAAACGUUCUGCAUUACACCUUCAUGAUCUUCCCGCAAUACUCCUUCGGCGACGCGUUAGUCGAGAUAUCGAGGAACGACAUCACCUCCGAAUUACUGCAGAGAUUUCACAUGGACACUUACAAGUCACCCCUCGGCUGGGAUCUUCUCGGUCUUCAUUACGUUUUCCUGGCUGUCAUCGGCGCGGUUCUAUUCACGCUGAAUAUAAUGAUCGAGUGUCGCAUCUUGCCCGACUUGAAGAAACAGAAGGUUAGUUACGAGGUCGUGCAAGAGGACGACGACGUCGCCAGGGAAAGAUUGAGAAUCGAGGCUGGAAUGGUCGAUGACACCCUGAAGACCGUGAAGCUGAGGAAGGAAUAUAAGAGCGUAUACGGGACAAAUGUCGCGGUGCAAAAUUUAAGCUUUGGCGUACAAGCGGGAAGAUGCUUCGGCCUCCUGGGGGUGAAUGGGGCGGGAAAAAGCACGACGUUCAAAAUGCUGACAACGGAAAUCAUUCCUACGGCCGGGAAGAUUAUUCUUAAAGGAAGCGAGAUUGGCGCCGGACCUCUGUGCAACGGCGAGGUUGGCUACUGUCCACAGAGCGAUUCUUUGGACGGGUUUCUCACUCCCCAUGAGUGUCUGACGGUUCAUGGAGAAGUUUGCGGACUGAAUAAUGUUCCUAAGGCUGUCGAGACAACGCUGAAGAGAUUCGAUCUCCUCAAGUACGCUCAUCGAAGGAUCAGUGGUCUUAGCGGCGGUAAUAAAAGGAAGUUAUGCGCCGCUGUAAGUGUCAUGGCACCUGUGUCAAUUGUUCUCAUGGACGAACCUACAAGCGGAAUGGAUCCUGCCACAAAGAAUCUCGUAGCCAGAGCCGUAAGACACGUGACGAAGAAUCAAGGAUGUGUCAUCCUGACUUCGCAUAGUGUCGCCGAAUGCGAAAACCUUUGCACGAGGGUAGGAAUCCUCGCCAGGGCCGGUCUCAGGUGUAUAGGAACGCCGCAACAUUUGAAGCACAAAUUCGGCGAAGGAUACGUUAUCUUCCUGAGGUUCGGCCAACCAGUUUCCCCUACGAAUCUUAGGAGCGCUAUCUUGAAAUAUCUGCCACAGGCGAUGAUCUCUUCGAGGCAGGCAACGGCUGCCCGACUUUUGCUACCACGGAGCCAAGACACGACGCUCAGCGUGAGCUUCAACAUGGUGAAGCUGUUGGCGGAGGAGCUUAAGGCCACGGACUACACACUCACACAAAGCUCGCUGGAUCAGGUUCUGGUAAAUUUCUCGGAGGAGCUGGACGACGAAGGCGUCGACGCGACCAUCUUUGGCCAAAGCAGUAGAAACAGCAGCGUGCCCAACAUGUAUUCCAGUAUGGACACUAUACACAUGGACACGUUUUAAAAGUGCUGUUUAAUUAGGUGUAAAAUAAAAACUCUAGAAAGCUCUCUAAAAUUAGCUCUCACUAAAAAUAGACACACACAAAUUUAACUAAAAUUUUACGUCUCUACACUCUUGAUAAAAACUCGCCCGUUCGUCGAAUGCGCUCCAGCGAUUCCGCGCGUUCUCGUGGCGAAUGCUGUGAUAGUUUGCCUUUACGUUCGACGCCACGACGAAAAGCGCGAUUUAUACAAGUUUUAUUUAUACAGAAGAAAAAGAGCGCUUCGUAUUUCUCACGAGGUUUUUCCGAAGCGAAAGAUUUACAUAUUCAUUCACUCAUGAAACGUUUGGAUCGAGUUCUUAAAAAUGGAUUUUUUUUUUUGAAAUUUAUGAUAAAUUUUACUUUGAUUGAAUAAUGUAAAUAUUGUAUUUUUGCGGUUAAUCUUGAUUUAGUAAUGAUUUUAUAUAGAAUUAUUAGUAUAUUUUUAGUAGAAUACACAAAAAUUGUAUGUUUGUUUUUAGAAUUAUAAAAUUAAGAAAAA